CCUCGUUGUGCCGCCCAUGUCUCGUCUUGACCCCGUCCAGUACGCCAUGCACCAACCAUACGAGCACACGCAAGACAACGAUAUGGACGACGAUGUCUACUCGGUUGUCUCCGCCGACUCGACUGGAAGCAUGCGCUUCUCUAGCUCCUCUUCAUCUGCAACCUCACACGACUGGGAGAUGCGGUCCGCUUCUCCGGCGCCCUCAACAUACUCGAUGACAAGUUCAUUGCGUGCAGCAUCAUACGUUCACGAAUUUGGGCGCGGAAUCAACAAUUAUUCCGAAGUAUAUCGCCUCCCGGCCGAUGAGGAAGAGUUUGACCGCUUGGACCAGCAACAUAUCAUGUUCAUGGAGGUCAUGGGCAGAUAUGCACCACCAAUACCAGAAAUCCUUGCAGAUGACACACCGGGUGUCACGAAGACGUGCGUUGAUCUCGGAUGUGGAAGCGGCAGCUGGAUACUGGAUGUCGCGCGAGAUUUCCCACAUUGCAGCGCGGUCGCAGUCGAUCUAGUUCCCAUGCAAGACGUACAUAUGCCUCCAAAUUGCAGGAGCGAAGUGGACGACAUCAACCUGGGGUUGCAACACUUCUAUGGGGCGUUCAACGUUGCGCAUGCACGCCUUGUCUCGUCUGGGAUUCGCGAUUACAGGGGCCUGAUCGACGAGAUGGCGCAGACACUGCGUCCCCGGGGUCUCCUCGAAGUCAUGGAGUUCGACUUCCGUGUAUAUGACGAGCAUCGACAGCCCAUUAUGCCCACGCGCUUGGAUGAGGAGAUGCCUGCCAUCGCUCGCUGGAUGAAUCUUGUUCAUAUCGCUGUUGAGCAGCGCGGGGGCGAGCCUGAUGCCGCCAACCAACUCAACCGAUGGGCAUCAGCACAUCCAGACCUCGAGGACGUCGUUUAUCGGGAAUUCUGGUUCCAGACGUGUCCCUGGAAGCCGGGUAGCGAUCCCGAAUCCGGGUUUGACAACCACGUAGGCGCAAUGAUGCGAGACGAUAUCCUGGCAUUCAUCAAAUCAGGGCGUCCCCUUUUACUCGGCAGCGAUCUCGACGUCUCUAUCGUCGAUGAACUCGAACUAAAUGCCGAACGCGAGCUUCUGGAAGCUAAAACACGUUCGUACAUACGAGUACAAGACGUGUAUGCUCGCCGGAAAGAUUCAUAA